AUGAGAUCCUUAACUUUUGAAAAAGCAUGCCCUCUAGUUUAUUGUCUUUUCUUGUAUGUUCUCCUACUUUCAUCACAAAACUACUUUCCACAUUUUGCUUCUGCUAGUUCCACUACUGAAGCAGAGGCUCUUCUCCGAUGGAAAGCCAGCUUGUUAAAUCAAACCUCUCAUAAUACCCAACUGAAGGAUUGGAUUUAUCUCCCCAAGAGUAUUGAUACCAAUGCCACAAACUCUUCAAGCAACCGAAGAGCAAAUGGAGGCCCAUGCAAUUGGACUGGUAUUUCAUGCAAUGCUGCUAGAAGUGUCACCAACAUAACCAUUGUUGGUUCCGGCUUACAAGGUAUGCUACAUGAAUUUUCAUUCUCAUCCUUCCCCAAUCUCGAAUAUCUUGAUCUCAGCAUCAAUAAACUCUUUGAUGUCAUCCCACCUCAAAUCAGUUCCCUCUCAAAACUUCUUUAUCUUGACCUCUCUGAUAAUCAGUUUUCCGCGAGAAUUCCACCAGAAAUUGGUCUCCUUAGAAAUCUUACCAUUCUCUAUCUCUAUUCGAAUAAUCUCUCUGACACCAUUCCAAAGGAUGGUUCAAUUCCGGCAACAUUGGGUGACCUGACCAACCUUGCCACUCUCUAUCUCUUUGAAAAUAAUCUUUCCGGAUCCAUUCCAGAAGAGUUAGGGAACCUGAAAUCAUUGGUGGAUCUAAAGUUGAACACCAAUCAACUUAGUGGUUCAAUUCCGGCAACAUUCGGUGGACUGACAAAACUUACCACUCUCUAUCUCUAUUCGAAUAAUCUCUCUGGCACCAUUCCGAAAGAGUUAGGGAACUUGAAAUCUUUGGUGGAUCUACAGUUGAGCACCAAUCAACUCAAUGGUUCAAUUCCAACAAGUUUGGGUGAUCUGACCAACCUCACCACUCUUUAUCUUGACACAAAUGAUCUCUCUGGCACAAUUCCAAAAGAGUUAGGGAAUCUGAGAUCUUUGGAAGAUCUAGAACUGAGAACCAAUCAACUCAAUAUUUCAUUUCCGGAAACACUGGCUGACUUGCAUAACUUAAAAUUUUUACACAUCAACGAGAACCAACUUUCUGGCUCCAUCCCUCAAAAGCUAGGAAACAUGAAGAAAUUGAUUAAGUUGGAAUUACAUACAAACCAAUUUUCGGGUUCUUUGCCCCAAAACAUUUGUCGAGGCGGAUCUCUAACAUACUUUUCAGUAAGCGACAACCAUCUUAUUGGUACAAUCCCUGAAAGCUUCAAGAACUGCACGAGCUUGUUCAUAGUCCAUCUCAAUGGGAACCAAUUCACAGGCAACAUUUCAGAACACUUUGGUGUUUAUCCAAAUCUGAAUUUUAUGGAUCUGAGUGACAAUAAUUUUUAUGGUGAACUCUUUCAAAAUUGGGGACGGUGCCAAAAUCUAGCGACCCUACUAAUUGCCAACAAUAACCUUACUGGUCCAAUACCACCAGAGAUUGGUAACGCAAGCCAAAUUCAAAAGCUAGAUCUCUCUUCAAAUCGUUUAGUCGGGACGAUUCCCAAGGAGUUUGGGAGAUUGACUUCAUUGGAGAAGCUAAUGUUGCAAGACAAUCAACUUUCAGGUGGUGUCCCUGCAGAGUUUAAAUCAUUGAUUGAUCUAGACUAUUUUGAUCUCUCAGCAAACAAAUUCAAUGAUUCAAUUCCAAGCUUUGUAGGUGACUUUACCAAGUUACAUUACUUGAAUUUAAGCAACAACAAGUUCGGUCAAGUAAUUCCAUUUCAAUUGGAGAUGUUAACUCAGUUGUCCCAACUAGAUUUGAGUUAUAACACACUUGAAGGUCAGAUACCAUCAGAUAUUAGCAAAAUGCAGAGUCUGGAAGUAUUUGAUAUAUCCCACAACAAUCUUUCUGGUUUCAUUCCAACAAGUAUGGGAGACAUGCAUUGGCUAACAUAUGUUGACGUGUCCUACAAUCACUUGGAAGGUUCAAUCCCGAACAUCAAAGCAUUUCAAUCAGCUCCUAGAGAAGCACUAGAAGGAAACAAAGGGUUGUGUGGCAACUCCAGUUUCUUGCAACUCUGCAACAAAGAAAGCCAAAAAAAGGACGAUAAACUUGUAUUUAUGAUAAUCUUCCCUAUUCUUGGAGCAUUUGCACUUCUAGCGUUUAUAUUUGCAUUGUUAACAAAAAGGAAAAAGAAGCAUGAGCGUGUAGAAGAAAAGUCUAGGGAUGAAGAGAUUUCUUUAUCUGUGUUGAGUUUCAAUGGAAAAAUGAUGUAUGAGGAAGUCAUUAAUGCAACACAGGAUUUUGAUCCGGUGUAUUGCAUUGGGAAGGGAGGAAAUGGAAGCGUCUACAAAGUAACUUUGUUGAAUGAUGACAUAGUAGCUGUAAAGAAACUCCAUUUGCCAUGCGAUGAUGAUAAGAGUCUUCAAAAGGAAUUCUUGAAUGAAAUCAGGGUGCUAACUGAGAUGCGUCACCGGAAUAUUGUUAAGCUUUUUGGUUUCUGUUCACAUAGGAGACAUUCUUUUUUGGUGUACGAGUAUCUUGAAAAGGGUAAUUUGGCUGCAGUGUUGAGCAAAGAUGAGGAAACUAAGGAACUGUGGUGGAGUAAAAGGGUGACUAUUGUUAAAGGGGUAGCUCAUGCCCUUUGUUACAUGCACCAUGAUUGCUUGCCACCAAUUGUGCAUCGGGACAUAUCGAGCAAAAACAUUUUGCUGGAUGUAGAGUAUGAGGCAUGUGUUUCAGACUUUGGCACUGCCAAGUUCCUAAACCCAGACUCAGCUAAUUGGACUGCCCUUGCCGGCACAUAUGGAUAUGUUGCACCAGAGCUCGCUUAUACAAUGAUGGUAAAUGAGAAGUGUGAUGUAUAUAGCUUUGGAGUGGUGACACUGGAAAUAAUUAUGGGAAAACAUCCAGGAGAUCUUUUGUCAUCUUUAUCGUCCUCACCAACUGCAUUACCAGCCUCUGAAAUGCCAGUUGUGGAUGUUUUGGACCGCCGCGUAUCCCCUCCCAUUGAUCAAGUUACAGGGGAAGUGCUCUCUAUUCUGAAGAUUGCAUUUUCAUGUAUGAAUUCCAAUCCUCAAUCUCGUCCAACAAUGAAGCAAGUUUCUCAACAAUUGGAAUCUCAAAGGUUGCAUUUGUCGAAGUCGCUACAUAUGAUAACAUGUGGUGAAUUGCUUGCUCUCAAUUGUUUGCUGGCUAUUUGAGAACCGAAAAUCGAAGGGUUGGAUUAUGAGAUUUUAGCAGCU